AUGGGGAGAAGGGUAUCGCCUGAAGAAGAGGCCGAGGCAGGAGGAGGCAGACGUAGAUCAAAAGUUACAGAAAAUGAAGGAGCAGCUUUGGCUGAGCUAGGGGCAAAAGACAAUAGCCAGACCCUCUUACCCACAUCCUCGCCAUUUUCAAGGUGGAUCCAGCAGGAGACAAUCCCCAAGAAGUUUAUGAUGCCACCCAUGGCGACGUACGACGGAGCAGGGAAUCCUUGGGAGCACAUCCUGAACUACAAAACGUUCAUGGAGCUCCAGACUCUAUUAGAUGCUUUGAUGUGCAAGGUGUUCCCCACAACUCUCACAAGACCAGCAAGGGCCUGGUUCAAUAGCCUGGAGGCAGGAAGCAUUAAAAGUUUUGGGGACCUCGCCAACAUUUUCAUUAGCUGGUUCAUAGCAGGAGUCCUGGAUGAAAGGAAGACCAGCUACUUAGAAACGGUCAGGCAAAGGAAGAAUGAGUUCUUGAGGGAGUAUGUGGCCCGUUUUAACAUGGAGGCCUUGCAGAUCCAAAAGUUGGAUGAAAGCCAAGCCGUGGAGGCCAUGCAGAAGGGGAACACAUCCCCUGAGUUUUUUAGGUCACUAUGUAGAAAACCCCCAACCACCUUGGCAGAACUGAUGAAGAGAGUCGAGAAGUAUAUCAGGCAGGAUGAUGCCUUGACAACCAGUAGGUUCAUCAGGGAGGCUGGAGACAGGGAAAAGGUGGUAAAGGAGAGGAGGUCAAAGAGACUAGAAAGACGACAGAAUAAAGGGCCCGAGGUGUAUAGGCAGCCUUGGGACAAGAGAGAGCAGAGGGCAUAUCAACCCCGAGUCCCUGAGGCAAUCACUCCCCUCAAUGCAUCCAGAGCCGAAGUGCUCAUGGCAGUAUAA